UUUCAACCUUUCCUUCAUUCCAAACAAUUUUUAUUUUCUCUCUGCGCAAAAACAAAACCUCUCUCACCAGAAAGACACAGACAUUAAACUUUUACAAUUCUUCCACCCUGAACCUUUUUUCCUUCUCCUUUAAACUCCAUUUUCCUCAGAAUAUCCGUGCCAUUGUUUUCCUUUCAGAAUUCAACACCCUUUCGCGACGAACAAAAAGGGGUGUUAGGGUUUGCAUUAUCUGCCACGCCUUCCUCAUUGCGGUACCCUGCACCUUCCUUACCGACCCUUGCGUCUAUCACUUCCAUUGUGUUUUACUCUCUCUCUCUGCUCCGAAAUUAGGGUUGAUAGGUUUGGUGCUGAUUCUUCUUCCGAUUUCGAACCGAGUGAAUUGCGGAAAAUGUACGCUGAUCGCGUGGAGAAUGGAGGGCGGAGGUCCGUGAAGGAACGCUUAAAUGGGAAUGGUAUCAGUGACCCUACUAGGCACCACCAACAGCGUCAAAUCACCGGCAAGAGGUCGAGGCAAGAUGAUAAGUGGGAACAUGAUCUCUUUGAUGGUGAUGAACCACGGAUCACUAAUCGCAAGGUUAGCGCUCAAGAUCUACGCCUCAAGCUUCAAAGGAAAGGUCUUCAACCUGCAUCUCAGAGUGGAAAGAGUUAUGCUCCAAAGAUGCGGGAUCUUCGUGAAAGGCUAUCAGGGACCAUGACAGUACAACCUACCAAUGUUGAUCCGCCCAAAUCAAAAACUGUUAAACCAAGCAGUAAAAGUGUUGGUGCUGAGGCCCCUGCAGCGCAGAUCAAAAGGCCAGCUGACCCAGCUCCUAAAAGGUCACGGAAGGCUGAUUCUUCAAUUGAUGACUUUUUGCUGUCCUUGGGUCUUGAAAAGUACAUCAUUACUUUUCAGGCUGAAGAAGUUGAUAUGACAGCUCUCAAUCAUAUGACUGAUGAAGAUCUCAAGGCUAUGGGCAUACCAAUGGGACCAAGAAAGAAGAUACUUUUAGCAUUGGAGUCGAAAGUCUGACAUGUAUCGGAAAUUAUUGAUGUUCUUAGCUGGAUAAACUUGUUUAUGGACGGUGGUGGGUGAUCAGGAUCUAAAACCAAGUGUAAUAAUAGCAUAGGUCUUUGAUUAUUUUCCCCUUAUUUUAGACAUUAAUGAAGAUAGUUUUGGAGUUUAUUACCCGGUCAACAUCCUGAAACGCUUUUAAUUGUACCUAGUAAUUAGUGGAUUUGAGAAUUCACCUUUUGAAUCAA